CUCCGCCUCCCCGCGGGUGGGAGCGAGGAGAGGAAGGGCGGUGGCGCUGGCCGUCAGCGCCGGGGGGGUUCCGCGUCUUCUGCAAUAAAUCUGGCCUGGCACCGGCGGGGGGCGCGGGGGCACGAUCUCGGGAGCGCCGCGGCGGCGCGGGAAUCGACGACGACCAGCUCGCGCGCUCGCGGCCUCUCUCUCCCCAGUCCGCAUCGACGCCUCCCUCGGCUCUUCGUCGAGGGUAGCAGCGGCUCGUUUUAGCGUGGGAGAUCUCGACGACGCGCACCGCCGGCUCGUGGACCACGGCGACGGACAGCUUGGGCGACUCCGCCACCUCGAUGGACGAGCGCAAAGGACCAGGGGAGGAGGAGGAGGAGGAGACCGGCGAGAGGGUCGCGCUGGAGGAGGAGGAGGAGGAGGAGGAGGCGGGGGACGGGUUCCAGGUGGUACUCGGUAAGAAGAAGAAGCGGCCGAGCGGCCAGGACGGUGGUUCCGCUUCGGGUCCCGGGUCGGGGACGAUGAUGGCCAAGGACAAGGCGGCCGCGGAGCCGUGGACGAAGGCGAAGGUGCCUUUCCACGAUCCCAGCAUUCCGCGGCCGCAGGACGUGUACGCAAUCAGAGUGAACAACUACACGCCAUUCCAACAUGUCUGGCUAGAGCACACCGAAGAUGGCAGCCGACGACCUAUUCACCCUCUGGAAAAAUUGCCAGUGGAGCAGUUGAUUGACAGAAAUGUUCCUGAAUUUGAACCUGUAAAGCCAGCUGAUUUGGAGGAUACGCCAUUUACGCUAGUUGAAGAUAAGAAUGGUUUAGCAGACUUAGCUAAAAAGUUGAAGAGUGUAAAUGAAUUUGCUGUUGACUUGGAGCACAACCAAUAUAGAUCAUUUCAGGGUUUGACCUGCUUGAUGCAGAUUUCAACAAGAACAGAGGAUUUUGUUGUGGAUACCCUUAAACUUCGCAUAUUCAUUGGCCUUUACUUGAAAGAACAUUUUAAAGAUCCGACCAAGAGAAAGGUAAUGCAUGGGGCUGAUCGUGACAUAAUGUGGCUCCAACGGGAUUUCCACAUAUAUGUUUGCAAUCUUUUUGACACAGGACAGGCUUCGAGGGUUUUACAGAUGGAGCGAAACAGCCUAGAGCACCUAUUGAGUCACCUUUGUGGAGUCACAGCAAAUAAAGAAUAUCAAACUGCUGAUUGGAGGUCAAGGCCACUUUCUGAUGCAAUGAUAAAGUAUGCUAGAGAAGAUACACACUAUCUGUUGUAUAUGUAUGACUUGAUGAAACUGAGACUGCGAAAUGAGUCGACUGCUGAAAACGAUCUUCUUCUAGAGGUUCAAAAACGCAGUAAUGAAAUUUGCCUACAGUUGUAUGAAAAGGAACUGCUGACAGAUACAUCUUAUCUCCAUAUAUACGGGUUGCAAGAACAUGACCUGGAUGCAGAACAGCUGGCCAUUGUUUAUGCUCUACAUCAAUGGAGAGAUUAUAUCGCUCGUGAGGAAGAUGAGAGCACUGGUUAUGUACUGCCUAAUAAGGCUUUAAUUGAGAUAGCAAAGAAGAUGCCUACAAAUACUACAGAGUUAAAAAGAAUUGUGAAAUCAAAAUAUCCAUUUGUUGAUGAAUAUCUGGAGCAAAUUGUGGAGAUCAUCCGGAAUGCAACUGAAUCUUCUUAUGUCUUUGAAAGCAGAGCUGAGCAACUAAAGAAGGAACGUCUGGAGCAGCUAGGGGACAGGGUUCAGACUAUAUCAUCACCUGAGAUGAAAACCUCUCUGACCUUAUCAGGCCUGGUUAGACCAAUGGAUAAGGAAAUACUGAAUGAUAACAAUAACAUACAUCAGCAAGCGGCACAUGCUACUUUUCAAGAACUGAAGAGACCUAUUGCUUUGGGAGCUCUAGGAGAGAAUUUAACGUCAGCGGGACAGAGAGAUUUCUUUGGAGAGUUUUCAAAUAAACAGGCUGAGAAGAUGGAGAAGGCUAAAACUUAUCCAGCCUUUUACUACCCCCACCUUCCACAAUAUCACAAUGAAGUUGGGCAUGACUUUCAAUCAAUAAACCGAACAAGUGCAGGGACAGAACAACCUCCUGCUGGGAAUGAGAGGGGUUUCCAGAACCCUAGAAGACAUCAAUCAUUCCCACCUUCCGGUGACAAUAAGUGAUGCAUACCAGUAAUUGCUCUGAUGUAUGCAUUCACUUCAUCCUUAUGUGCAGAAAAUAGCUGUAGAGAAAGAGAAACUGGGCUGUUUUAAUCCGUGCCCCCUCAUAUGAGAAACUAUGCCUCCCUUAGAUACUUGGCUAGGCUAACAGAAAUAUGAGAAUAGCCCAUACCAUUGACAGUAGAUGAAGAGCAUGUGAGAUACCAUCUGGAUUGGCUUGUGUGUAAACAACUGACAAACAUGUGCUGUGUAAUUGUGAAUACUGGAGUUGUACAAGUGUUAUAGUGUAAUAGUGAUACACAUAGCAUCAUGAUACAAAGACAGAAAGGGAACACAUUAACAUUGGUCUCGUUUCCUUGUUUACAUCA